AUGUCAACGAGUGAAACACAACAUUCAAGACCAACAUCUGAGAGUACAAGAGCGGUAACUUCUGACGUAGAUGAAGACUUGACUUCUGCUAGCUCUGCAACCCAGACAACGGACUCUCUUCCUACAACUGAGGAGACAAGUACAGAUAUGUGGGACAUAGACGAAUCAGAUGAACUAUUAACGUCGCAUACAGAUGGACAUCAACAUUCUUCAAAAACGUGGGCAGCAACUAUCGUCUACAAGCCUGUCUCUAGACCAGCCACACAUACGAAACCACCCUCAUCCACAUCAACUCCAUCAACAAUUGUUAUCCGCAGUCAACCUCCUACAACAGAAGAGACAACUGAAGAUACUUUCGACACAAAUGAAUCAGAUGAAUUAAUGUCACUUAGUGACGCACAUGGGCAGUGGACGAAACCUUCAAAAGGGUGGGCAGCAACUAUCGUCUUAAACCCUCCCAGUAGGCCAACCACACAUAUGAAACCACCCUUAUCCACACCAACUCCAUCAGCACCUGUUAGUCGUAGUGAACCUCCUGCAACAGAAGAUACAACUGAAGAUAAGUGGGACACAGAAGAUUCAGAUGAACUGUUAAAGCCACUUGCUGAUGGAAAUGUGCUGUGGACGAAACCUUCAAAAGGGUGGAUAACAACUAUCAUCUUCAAACCUACGAGUAGGCCAGCCACACGUUUGAAGCCACCCUUAUCCAUAUCAACUCCACCAGCAGCUGUUAGUCGUAGUGAACCUCUUACAAUAGAAGAGAUAACUACAGAUCUGUUCGACACAGACGAUUCAGAUGAACAGUCAAAGCCACUUACUGAUGUAAAUGUGUUACGGACGAAACCUUCAAAAGGGUGGAUAGCAACUAUCAUCUUCAAACCUACGAGUAGGCCAGCCACACGUUUGAAGCCACCCUUAUCCAUAUCAACUCCACCAGCAACUGUUAGUCGUAGUGAACCUCUUACAAUAGAAGAGAUAACUACAGAUCUGUUCGACACAGACGAUUCAGAUGAACAGUCAAAGCCACUUACUGAUGGAAAUGUGUUACGGACGAAACCUUCAAAAGGGUGGAUAGCAACUAUCAUCUUCAAACCUACGAGUAGGCCAGCCACACGUUUGAAGCCACCCUUAUCCAUAUCAACUCCACCAGCAACUGUUAGUCGUAGUGAACCUCUUACAAAAGAAGAGAUAACUACAGAUCUGUUCGACACAGACGAUUCAGAUGAACAGUCAAAGCCACUUACUGAUGGAAAUGUGUUACGGACGAAACCUUCAAAAGGGUGGAUAGCAACUAUCAUCUUCAAACCUACGAGUAGGCCAGCCACACGUUUGAAGCCACCCUUAGCCAUAUCAACUCCACCAGCAACUGUUAGUCGUAGUGAACCUCUUACAAAAGAAGAGAUAACUACAGAUCUGUUCGACACAGACGAUUCAGAUGAACAGUCAAAGCCACUUACUGAUGGAAAUGUGUUGCGGACGAAACCUUCAGAAGGGUGGAUAGCAACUAUCAUCUUCAAACCUACGAGUAGGCCAGCCACACAUUUGAAACCACCCUUAUCAAUAUCAACUCCACCAGCAACUGUUAGUCGUAGUGAACCUCUUACAAUAGAAGAGAUAACUACAGAUAUGUUCGACACAGACGAGUCAGAUGAACAGUCAAAGCCACUUACUGAUGGAAAUGUGUUGCGGACGAAACCUUCAAAAGGGUGGAUAGCAACUAUCGUCUUCAAGCCUACCAGUGUUACUCGAAAUGCGAUGAUUGUGAAGGCGGAUGGUCAACCGAGUGGUCUCACCGCAGGCCUCCAGCAGCCGGUGGACCUCGACCCACUUUCUACUGCAGUCUAG